GCCGGUGCCUCCGUGAGCGCGCGUGCCAUUUUUUUUUUUUUUUUGCUGGUCUUCUACCAGCAAGCAUGGCUUCUUCGCAAGGCAAGCUCGAGCUGAAAUUCGCGGACUGGAUGGCAACUUUGCCCAAGAGCAUCCAUAACGUGCCCCUGUCGAACCUGGCGAUCCCAGGAUCUCAUGACUCAUUUAGCUUCUACAUCGAUGAGGCCUCACCAGUUGGACCCGAGCAACCUGAAACUGUCCAGAAUUUUGUCUCUGUGUUCGGAACUGUGGCUAAAAAGCUGAUGAGAAAAUGGCUGGCAACACAGACAAUGAAUUUUACAACCCAGCUGGGAGCAGGCAUACGUUAUUUUGAUCUUAGAAUCUCCACCAAGCCCAGAGACCCCGACAAUGAACUCUACUUUGCUCAUGGUUUAUUCAGUGCCAAAGUCAACGAGGGCCUCGAGGAGAUCAGUGCCUUUCUUGCUGACCACCAUAAGGAAGUAGUCUUGUUGGACUUCAACCACUUCUAUGGGAUGCAGAAAUACCACCAUGAAAAACUGGUCCAAAUGCUCAAAGACACGUUUGGGAGUAAAAUGUGCCCUGCUAUAUUUGCCCAUGAAGUCUCUCUCCAGUACCUGUGGGAGAAAGGUUAUCAAGUGUUGGUAUUUUAUCACAGUCCUGUGGCUUUGGAGGUCCCAUUUCUGUGGCCAGGACAGAUGAUGCCAGCUCCAUGGGCAAACACAACAGAUACAGAAAAACUGAUCCAGUUUCUCCAGGCAUCGAUCAUCGAGAGAAGAAAGAAGGGCUCUUUUUUUAUAUCUCAGGUGGUGCUGACCCCAAAGGCUAGCACUGUGGUCAAAGGGGUCACCAGCGGGCUCAGAGAAACAAUCACAGAAAGGAGUAAUUAAUUUUUCCUUGAAAUGAUCCACUUCAAGAGCUACUUUGAACCUGUGAUUAUUCAAGCAGUGCCAAACCACUCUGUAUGUCUUCUGUUGGGAGAACAAAAUAUAUUUCCAGUUGUACAAAGGUUUCUGGAGGAAGUAGUUUUUUCUUCCCUAGCCAGAUUAGUUUACUUCUCCCCCCCUACUUGAAAUAUUAUUCAAAGAAA